CCCUUCCCUGUAGGCAGCCGGCCCGGCAGCCCGCGCGUCCGCACUGCCUGCCUCCCGGCCCCUGGCGCUCGGGCUGGGUCUCUCCCCCGCCCCCAGGCUCCCCCGGUCGCUCUCCUCAGGCGGUCGCCGGCGCUCGGUGGAUGUGGCUGGCAGCCGCCGCCCCCUCCCUCGCUCGCCGCCUGCUCUUCCUCGGCCCUCCGCCUCCUCCCCUCCUCCUUCUCCUCCUCAGCCGCUCCUCUCGCCGCCGCCGCCUCCACAGCCUGGGCCUCGCCGCGAUGCCGGAGAAGAGGCCCUUCGAGCGGCUGCCUGCCGACGUCUGCCCCAUCAAUUACAGCCUUUGCCUCAAGCCCGACUUGCUGGACUUCACCUUCGAGGGCAAGCUGGAGGCAUCCGCCCAGGUGAGGCAGGCAACCAAUCAGAUUGUGAUGAAUUGUGCUGAUAUUGACAUUAUUACAGCUUCAUAUGUACCAGAAGGAGAUGAAGAAAUACAUGCUACAGGAUUUAACUAUCAGAAUGAAGAUGAAAAAGUCACCUUGUCUUUUCCUAGUACUCUCCAACCAGGUACAGGAACUUUAAAGAUAGAUUUUGUUGGAGAGCUGAAUGAUAAAAUGAAAGGUUUCUAUAGAAGUAAAUAUACUACCCCUUCUGGAGAGGUGCGCUAUGCUGCUGUCACACAGUUUGAGGCUACUGAUGCCCGGAGAGCUUUUCCUUGCUGGGAUGAGCCUGCCAUCAAAGCAACUUUUGAUAUCUCACUGGUUGUUCCUAAAGACAGAGUAGCUUUAUCAAACAUGAAUGUAAUUGAUCGGAAACCAUAUCCUGAUGAUGAAAAUGUAGUGGAAGUGAAGUUUGCUCGCACACCUGUCAUGUCUACGUAUCUGGUGGCAUUUGUUGUGGGUGAAUAUGACUUUGUAGAAACAAGGUCAAAAGAUGGUGUGUGUGUCCGUGUUUACACCCCUGUUGGCAAAGCAGAGCAAGGAAAAUUUGCGUUAGAGGUUGCUGCUAAAACUCUGCCUUUUUAUAAGGACUACUUCAAUGUUCCUUAUCCUCUACCUAAAAUUGAUCUCAUUGCUAUUGCAGACUUUGCAGCUGGUGCCAUGGAGAACUGGGGCCUUGUUACUUAUAGGGAGACUGCAUUGCUUAUUGAUCCAAAAAACUCCUGUUCUUCAUCACGCCAGUGGGUUGCCCUGGUUGUGGGACAUGAACUCGCCCAUCAAUGGUUUGGAAAUCUUGUUACUAUGGAAUGGUGGACUCAUCUUUGGUUAAAUGAAGGCUUCGCAUCAUGGAUUGAAUAUCUGUGUGUAGACCACUGCUUCCCAGAGUAUGAUAUCUGGACUCAGUUUGUUUCUGCUGAUUACACACGUGCCCAGGAGCUUGAUGCUUUAGAUAACAGCCAUCCUAUUGAAGUCAGUGUGGGCCAUCCUUCUGAAGUUGACGAGAUAUUUGACGCUAUAUCAUAUAGCAAAGGUGCAUCUGUCAUCCGAAUGCUACAUGACUACAUUGGGGAUAAGGACUUUAAGAAAGGAAUGAACAUGUAUUUAACCAAGUUUCAACAAAAGAAUGCUGCCACAGAGGAUCUCUGGGAAAGUUUAGAAAAUGCCAGUGGUAAACCUAUAGCCGCUGUGAUGAAUACCUGGACCAAACAAAUGGGAUUCCCUCUCAUUUACGUGGAAGCGGAACAGAUAGAAGAUGACAGACUACUGAGGUUGUCCCAAAGGAAGUUCUGUGCCAGUGGACCAUAUGUUGGAGAAGACUGUCCCCAGUGGAUGGUUCCUAUCACAAUCUCUACUAGUGAAGAUUCCAGCCGUGCCAAAAUGAAGAUUCUAAUGGACAAGCCAGAGAUGAAUGUAGUUUUAAAAGAUGUCAAACCAGACCAGUGGGUGAAGUUAAACCUGGGAACCGUUGGGUUUUAUCGGACCCAAUACAGCUCAGCCAUGCUGGAAAGUUUAUUACCAGGCAUUCGUGACCUUUCUCUGCCCCCUGUGGAUCGACUUGGAUUACAGAAUGACCUCUUCUCCUUGGCUCGAGCUGGAAUCAUUAGCACUGUAGAGGUUCUAAAAGUCAUGGAGGCUUUUGUGAAUGAGCCCAAUUAUACUGUAUGGAGCGACCUGAGCUGUAACCUGGGGAUUCUCUCAACUCUCUUGUCCCACACAGACUUCUAUGAGGAAAUCCAGGAGUUUGUGAAAGAUGUCUUUUCACCUAUAGGGGAGAGACUGGGCUGGGACCCCAAGCCUGGAGAAGGUCAUCUAGAUGCACUCCUGAGGGGCUUGGUUCUGGGCAAACUAGGGAAGGCAGGACAUAAGGCAACGUUAGAAGAAGCCCGUCGUCGGUUUAAGGACCAUGUGGAAGGGAAACAGAUUCUCUCCGCUGAUUUGAGGAGUCCGGUCUAUCUGACUGUUUUGAAGCAUGGUGAUGGCACUACCUUAGACAUUAUGCUGAAGCUUCACAAACAAGCAGAUAUGCAGGAAGAGAAAAACCGGAUUGAAAGAGUCCUUGGGGCUACUCUUUCACCUGAAUUGAUUCAAAAAGUCCUCACGUUUGCACUUUCAGAAGAGGUACGUCCACAGGACACUGUAUCAGUAAUUGGUGGAGUGGCUGGAGGCAGUAAGCAUGGAAGGAAGGCUGCUUGGAAAUUCAUAAAAGACAACUGGGAAGAACUUUAUAAUCGAUACCAGGGAGGAUUCUUAAUAUCUAGACUAAUAAAGCUAUCAGUUGAGGGAUUUGCAGUUGAUAAAAUGGCUGGAGAAGUUAAGGCUUUCUUCGAGAGUCACCCAGCUCCUUCAGCUGAGCGUACCAUCCAGCAGUGUUGUGAAAAUAUCCUGCUGAAUGCUGCUUGGCUAAAGCGUGAUGCUGAGAGCAUCCACCAGUACCUCCUUCAGCGAAAGGCGUCACCACCCACAGCGUGAACCCGGAGCAUGCCGCCACUGCGGUUCUGCUGCUUCAUGCAGGGAUAAGGUGGAGCAACCGAACAGCUGAUUCAUAUGCCAAGAAUUUGGAGUCUUCUUUCAAGCCAGUGGGGGUUGGACAAUGAAUGUAGUUAACUGGUUCCUGCUCACACUCCAGAAUUAAAUUCUAUUGAAAAAGGAAAAUCAGCAAUUCAGCAAAAAAAAUAAAAAAUAAAAAAAUGUAAAUAUGAUAGUAAUAAAAUAGAGCAUAACGAAACUGUGAAACUUCCUGAAGCCUUGUCAGUGGUUAAAAGUAUUUAACACUCUCCUGUUAAUGACAGAUGUUCUGUUUUUAUAACCUACCAAAAGGAAACUAGAGGCUUCUGGGUAAAGAGGAUUUUUGUGAAAUGGGUUCUACAAGCAGCCUACAAGCCAAGGGUAGUGUCCAUUGCUGGGGAUGUUAAACAUGAAAAGGCUGAUAGCUGGUAUAACAUAGAGUCUGUGCAUAAUCUCAAGUGGGGUUUUUUUUUUUUUUUUUUUUGGCAUGGGGACUGAUCAGGAAGAUAUAUUUUCCUGCAUAACUCAAUCUGAACCAAGGAUUGUAGUUUUCCUCCUUGCUUUCCCUUCUGUGUGACCCCUUGGCAAAAAAAAAAAAAAAAAAAAAGUUUAAAAAAAGCAACCUAUCCUGGUCUGGGUUUUUUCCUCCCCUAGUUCCAUCCCCAACCCACCACUCCGGUGUCCUUCUUAGAGAUAAAGAAAUAAUAAGGAAACAUCUUUUAUAGCCACAUUAAAUAAGAGAAACUGAUAUACAUUAUUUUUUUCUUUCUUUUUUAAGAUGACUUUUAAGAACCCUGAAAUGCAUAUAGGUGAGACAAUAGAAAUGAAAGGUUUUCAUCCAGGCCUUUCUGAAGGAGUUACUCUGCUGCAAAUGGUCUUAGUUGUCUGACAGGCCAACUGUUGAAUCUCUUUAUGACAGUAUCAACACUGGCUUCUUCUGGUUCAUUUCGGGCAUGUAAGAAGUCAUUGGUAACUGCUGCAGGGCCUGUAUAUUAGUGGUAACUGGUUUUAAAAACAACAAAGACUAUAAGCCUGUGUGUGCCACUCUGCUUCCACAGUGUAUCCUACUAACAAGCCUCACCAACCUAAUCCAGUAAAUUUUAAGUCUAAAUCUCAUUCCUUUCCUCUUUCCCUACCUUUUUUCUUUUCUUUUUCUUAAAAAAAAAUAUUUUUGUGUGUUAUUAACAGGAAUUCAUAUUUGGUGUGGCUUAACUGUAUUUCAGAAGGUCAUCAGAUUGUGAGACUGCUUCCUUGAAACAUUUUUGUGCUAUUGUUUUAAAAAAAAAUAAUUAAAAAACAGUUGGCGUUAAUAAAAAUGUCAAUGUGAAAUAGA